AUGCGUAUUUUACACCUAACAGCUUUCACAUUUCUCAUAUUUCGGCAGACACAUGUGGACAUGGAUAGUAGUUCAGCUCAAACACCAAUUUCUGAUGAAGGUUUUGUGGAUGAACUUUUAUCACACCUGCAACAAUUGCAUGGUGAUCUGGACCUAACGGAUUUUCAAGAAUUUGAUGCGUAUGUAGAGGGUGUAGAUGAUGAAUAUCUGAGCGCUAGCGACAUGAACUACGUAACAACACAUGAAUGGCCAGCAUGUACCGUUGCUGAAAUACGAAGGAAGAUUCAUACAAAUUUAAAGGCAAGCGUAAUGACCAUGUGCGAUAAAUUUGGCUCUCUACUCAUCGAAUACGAAACGGAUAGCAGUGCCGAGAUGGAAAUAUUGAUAACAAGGUAUUUACUGGAUUUUUUCCUGGCAAUCAAUGAAAAACUGGGAAAUGACAGGUUCAAAAACACGCAUAACUGGUUCGUAAAGUGUUUCUGUGAUUUCCUACUGCUAUUUAAAAGAGACAUAGAACCUUUGCUUUCAAAGUACGGCAUACUACACCCUGUUGAACAAGAAGACCAGUUUGAUAAAGAUUGGAUGUUACUUAUACAGAUGUGCGAGAUAGCCCUUGAUCUUGUUCGGGAAAACUAUGAUCAUUUCCAGCAGUCUCAGUUAAAUUUGCGAAUACUCGUACGAAUUGUGAACUAUUUUGAGGAGAUCUGCAUGUACAUCACAACUAAGUAUCUUUGGAUCGAUGAAAUCACAGAGUGUCUUUGUAUAGAUCAAAUGAUGCACGAGUUAACCGCUAAAUUGCUGUUCUUCACUAAUGCCAUGGUUCUGAUCAUGGACACUAAUUUUAAAGCCGUACCGAUGGAAAAAAUUUGUAAAUGCGGUUUUUAUCACAGAGAAGGAGCUGUUUUCAAGAGAAAAGACCAGGAAACAACGUGUUGCACCAUGUGUUUGGUUCUAUCUAUCACUGAAUCGUAUUCUCUUGAUAGAUAG